GGUUGUGCUGGUGGUCGUUCGGACUCGGAGAUCCGCUUCUUAAUCAGUACUGGUCAAGCAGCAGUCAAGUGAACAGCUUCAGCAUCCAGCCAGAGCAUCAUGGAUAGACGAGGCUAUCCCAAGCUAAAGGAGGUCAACUUCAACAAACAGGAUUCUCGCACCGCGUUGCAAGUCCUCAGCGAUCAACGGCUAAUCGAGACGCUUAAGCGCAAUGAUGUUUUCGAAUCGGUCGAUGAAGCUGUUCAGGGCAAUGAAUCUCCGGGUAUCCAUACGGCUGCCGGAGCCGGAGCGGGCGGAGGAGGGGUUGCCACGGCGCUCGGAGGAACCCUCAGCCUGUCGCAGGAGAACCUCGCCGCCGGGUUGCCAAAUGAAAUCUCCGCACCGUAUGAGGUGCCACAAUUCCCCAUCGAGCAGAUCGAGAACAAGCUGCAGCUGCAGCGGCAGCUGAAUGCCAAGGUCAUGGAGCAGGACCGGCACUCGGUCGCCGCCGAGAUCCACCCGGACGAGCAGAUCCCCUUCGACGAGCACGACUUUGUGGCGCACUUCCAGCGGGUCUCAAUUUCCGGCGAGGACACCAGCGGCGUCCCGCUGGACGAUCUGGAACGGGCCUCGGCCCUGCUGGUCAAGGCGCUGGAACUGCGCGAGCGCUAUAUGCGCAACUCGUACCAGUGCUUCCCGCAGACGACGGGCCGGUUCCUGAAGUCGACCCGCCCGGAGCGGUACGCCCACCAGGAGAAGAAGUCGAUCGCAGGUUAGUUCGGGUUGGGGUGGGGGGAUGGGAGAUCGAAAACGGGAAGGUCAAUUCGGUACACAUAUAUUUUUGGAUGAGCGGUCUUCUUUCUAACUGUUUUUAUUUUUCAUUUUCCAACUUUUUAAAACCCUUUUCGGUGGUUUUGGUUUUUGAAAUCCUCGAUUAUCUUUGAUCGAAAUGGCUGCUGUUUUGUAAUGCUUUUUACGGUUAGUUUUUUACGAAUGUUGUGUGUAAUCUUCUGAGUUUUUUUUUAUUUCUUUGUAUGUUUUAACUUAUUUGUUUAUUCGCGUAGUAACAGUUGCAAUAUCCGUUCUGUUUUUUUUAAAACAGCCUUUUGAGACUGUGUUGAUUUGUUGUUCUUACUUAACAGAAAAUUAUUAUUAACGAUUCAGAUAUGUUGUAGCAUUGAGAAUCAUGUCUCAGACUCAUGUUAUCUUCUCAUUUACAAAAAAUAAGAUUUCUCUGAUUAAAAAAAAAGUGACCAAAUACACAGAUAUCCACUAAAUUAAAUAAAUUUUAUUGAGUGUGUUUAUGGACAUUUCCUGAGUAGAGAAAAAAUAUGAAUAAUAGCAUAUUUUGAUGUAGAGAUCACAUAUUGAUAUAUUUUUUUAAAUGGUAUAAGGGAUAUUUAAAAGUAUUGAAAAUAAUAUGAUAAUAUCCUAAAUUUACUCUUGGAACAUCAUCACAUCAUAUGUAGGGUAUGUGUUCCAUCAGUAUUCUCACGCUCCCAUAUUCCUCCUAUUCGAAAACAAGCGAUUACGGCACCGAUUGAUUCCGGUCUUUUUGUUUUCAUGCGUGCUCACUUCUAACAAAAAAUACAAACAUAUGAAACAAAACAAACAACCCUUCAAUCCUUUGUUUUUCGUAGGAUGAAAAUGGGAGUCACAUGCUUAAUUAGGGAACCAAUACCCUAUACCUAUUUUACUCUUGUAAGUUCUAACCAGCAAGCUAUUUGUUUGAACAAUCAAAAGUUCCAGAAACAAUUUUAUAAUAUUAUUUUCAGAUCUUUUGUCUCUUACAUGAAUCAAAACAAUAUCACGUUUAGAUCAUCAGUGGUUCAAGGAAUUAAUUUAGAAUUAUUUUCAAAUUUGGCAUUGCAGGAAAAAAAUAAAUUGUAGAAAUUUUCGCUCAAGCAAUAAGCUAGGUUUUUUGGAACUAAAAAACAGAAACGGUAAAGUUUUUGACGACUAU